CGGCGGUCGUUCGUAAUUUGAAUUAAUGUAAAGUAUUCUGCAAGAGUUAAGUUUUAAUUGCAUGAUUGAAAAAUCAAACAAAAUUCGUUUGUUUUCGUUUUGCAAGUUGAAGUGUUAAAUAAAAGAUUGUUGGUGCUAAUAAAAGUUUUUUUUUAAAACAAACAUAAAGUCGCUUAAAGUUUUGGAAACUUAGAGAAAAGUGUUCAAAAUGAGUCUGAGCCGAUUAGGUAGUUUUAUGAAGUGCGAUUUGGCGAGAGUCUCAGCAUCGAGCGCGUCGAUUUCGAAACUUUGGGGACCUUGUACUAAGGAAGUGAGUACUUGUAGUACGCAGCGCGGGAGCGUUACCCAACAUAGUUCUAAGCCCGACUGGAACCGGGCGGUGAGCGAGGCGGAAAAGAUUGUGGGGUAUCCGACGUCGUUCCUGAGCCUUCGAUGGGUGCUGAGCGACGAGAUCGCUAAUGUGGCUCUCCAUCUGAGGAAGCUGGUUGGGAGUAACCAUCCACUGUUGAAGACUGCGAAGAAUUUGAUCUACAAUGGCAAGAACAACAUGCAAGCCUGGGGCCUCAUCGUGCUGCUGGUGUCGAAGGCAGCCGGCCACAGCCCAGAGAUACCUGAUAUGGAGCAGGAUAAGGCAGCUGGAGUACUGCACAGUCAACGCGCCCUGGCCGAGGUGACGGAGAUGAUCCGCACCUCGCACCUCGUGCACAAGGGCCUCGUCAACAUGAACGCGCGGCAGCAGGUGGCCGGCGAGCCCGACGACAUGAUGUUCGGGAACAAGAUCGCGCUGCUCAGCGGCGACUACCUGCUGGCCAACUCCUGCUCCGAGCUCGCCAACUUGCGGAACCAAGAGCUGGUCGAGCUGAUGUCGUCAGCCGUGCGAGACUUAGCCGAAGCGGAGUUUCUCGGCGACCGGGACGAACAGAAUAACCCGCUGCCCUCCCGCCCUUUGCCGGAGGCGGAGUGGGGACCGGCUUCUGAAUGGGACUGCAUAGUGGACCCGUUGCCCAUGGGCGGCGUAGCAGGCUGCCUGCCUCGCGAGUGGGCCUCGCGCCACGUGCUCGCGGCGGGCGCGCUUCUCGGCAAGAGCUGCUCCGCCGCGCUCAAGCUGGCGGGCCACCAGCCGCAGCUGCAGACGCAGGGCUACCUGUUCGGCUGUCACUUGGCUCUAGCCUGGCAGGCGUUCCUGGACCUAGAAGCAUUCACGGGCCCUGAGCCAGCCAGCUUCUCAUUAGUGGGUGCACCAGUGGCCUUCACGCUGCAGGCCCGCCCUGAACUUUAUGAGCUGAUUGAGCCCGGCCGCCGUAGCGUUCACGACGUAGAUUAUCACGCGCUAUACCGCGCGGUGGUAGAAGGCGACGGCAUCGCGCAGACCAAGCGGCUGCAGCGCUCGCACGUGGCGCGCGCGGUGGCCGUGCUCGACAGCUUCCCGCCCGGCGACGCGCGCACUGCGCUCGCCAACAUCAUCGUUGCUAUGCACCACGAGAUAUAAGGUACAGGGGCGGGGCCCAGGAUACAUGUCGCGUCACAGUCGCGUAGCAGUUGCAUUGUAGUCGCGAAGCAGUCGCGCCAUAGUCACCGUUCAUCUUCCCAAUUUAGAUUUCGAUAAAGCAAAGGGGUCACGAAUAUUACUUUGUCUAAAGGCCCUGACCAAACAUACCUAUAAAAAAACAUGUAUCCUAGUGGAAAAGAAAAACUACGAGCUUCAAGUAUAGAGCUUUAGAACUGGAAAACUUCGGUACUUAGGUACUCAUCCGUCCCACGUUUCAGUAAAACGAUUUUUUGGGCACAAUUUGCUAAUAAUAUUCAGGUAUUAUUGUACAGUACUUAUUUAAGUUUGUUAUGAUAAUCAAAAUUCAAGAUGAAAUAAAAAUAAGUUUUUGACCUAUUUUUGUAAAAAAAAUGUAUCCAAAAUCAUAUAUUUUAAGUAAUUAAAGAUUACACCAUAAGUAUUUAAACAAGAUUUUUGAGGCUAAUAUAAAAUGUUUUAAAUUCCUAACGUUUGUAAAAAACAGCCAUAAUAAAUACAUUCCACAUCUAUAUUAUGUAUAAAUGUAAACAUGUUAAAACAAAGUUACAAAUAAUAAAAUGUGGGGUU